CUCGUUUUACUUAGUCCUGGACUUGCAACGCCUCUCGUAUGCGGUAUCUCCCGCUCACAGUGUUGAACGCCUUGAGAAUGGACUUAGCCUCUUGAAACGAGAAGCUAGGAUGGCCCUGUGGUCUACCCUUCUUCCACUGCUCCUGGCAGCACUCCUAGGCUUGGCCAGGGGCGACAACGCGGUUGGCAGCGCCUGCGCAUCCCCAGCCGGGCCAGCCAAUAGCUCUGGCUCGACUGGGACCCGCUGCGAGCUUCAGUACUUGGGAGAAUGCCUCAACCGGACGUUGAGCGGGCCGGUGACGCUGCUCGGGACGACGAUACAGUCGACCUGGGAAAUGCCGGGCGCGUUUAUCGAGGUCACGCCAGACGCGCUCGUCACUGCGAGUUGCUUCAUAUAUGACGACGUGGUCUCUGGCUCGCUCGGGCCUCCGGCUCUUAGUACGCUUCUAGACCCUCCAUUUAUCCAGACCACGACGGGGGAGCCACCUCGGCUCGUUAUGCGGGACUUGGAAUUCCACAUCUCCUGUGACGCCCUCCUUCAGUGGCAGGAUUUCCUUUGCGGCGCACGGCUUCCUGGGCCUACAACGGUGUCGGGCUCAAGCGCUGUUUUUGAACAGUGGAGCUAUAAUGGCGCGGUGCUGGAGAGCGUGACCCUCAGCUGCGACCCUGGAGACGCAGUGUUUGUACCCGCUUGCGACCUGCGCACGGUGAAGGACGCUAGCUCCAUUCUGCGCGCGGUGCAAUCUCUUCAGGAUCCAGAUUUGCCGCUGGUUCUCGCUCUGGCGGACGACUUGGACUUUGGGAGCUCGGACUGGCCAGAUGAUGGGGUCCGCAUCACUGCUAAUGUCACGUUGUCAGCGCUUCUGGGGUCCAACGUGGUCAUAAGCUUUGGGCUUAAGACCGUACUGUUUCAGGUGGACUCGCGCACGUCCUCUACUGCCUUCAUGGCGCUGCGGGGCUGCGUAUUGCUGGACCUGCCCUUGAGCUACCUGCCGCUGGACCACCCGAGGAGAGCGUUUGGCAUCCUGUCAACAGGCCUGUGGCCGGUCUACAGGGAGCAAGUGGCGAUGGGGCUCUACAAUUGCACUCUGGUGCUUACGAAAGACGAGUUUACUUUUUGGUCCUUUUGGCUGUCCAUUCUGAUCUCUCCCAUCCCGGCGGUGCGCGACCUGGCUGACUGGAGCCAUGCCGCGGGAGUGCAGCUGGACCCGUCGGGCACAGACUACAUCCAGCUGGCCAGCUACUACGGCCGCUACACGACGCUGGUGAACGUGCGCUACGAGAUCUCGGGCGACGACCUGCAGACGGCGCAGCGCAACAACAUCCUGCAGAUCACCGGCAACGCGCAGGUGCCGCCGACCGUGGUGUUCCAGGUCCGUGACAGCGACGACCUGUUCACCGCCAUGACCGAGUCGUCGCCGGCCUCGGCGAAGCAGUACGGGCAGUACAUCAUCCUGGUGGAGAACAUCACCAUGGCCAACGCCACCACCUGGCCCUCCGCCGGCGUGCCGGUGCGCUACCCCACCGUCAUCACCACCUGGCCCUCCGCCUACGCGCUGUUCGACACGUACGGGGCCAUCGACUCGUUCAGCGCGCUGGCAAGCGUGGCCAUCAAGAACACGGUGCUCCUGAACCUGGCGUACGGCCCGGAUGGCGCGGAAUUCAACAGCAUGGUCUCUGGGCUGUGGAUGUUCAACGUGUCCGACUGGCGUACGUUGGACGCGCAGCGGCUGUCCCUGGUGAAUGUGGCCCUGGUGGUGCCGCAGCAGGAGGUGGACGUGUAUUGGGCCGCCACACUAGGCCAAGUCGGGCCGAACCCUUGGAUAUCCGCCUAUAAGAUUAACACCUACGACAACAGCAAGCGGACGUGGAUAUACUUCUCGUCCCUGUCAACACUGCGCUUCACCGCGCAAAAUGUCAAUAUCACCAGCGCGGUGCCGAAAGCGUUCGAUAUGAUCCCCAUCACCCUGCCAAGUGGCGGCUCGGCGCCUCCGCUGCCCAACGCUCCCUCCGGGGGCACGGACCGCCGCGAGGUACUGCUGUUCGCACUGUUGGCCAUCACGCUGCCCACCGCGUUGGGUGCCGCGAUUGUGACCUACUUAGUCGUGAGGCGCCGCCGGCUGAGCGCCAUGUGCAGCCGCGCAUCGGCCCAGGCGGACGGCAAGGACCUGGACGACGAAGCCGACUGGGAGACGAACCUGGGGGCCGAGGAGGGCGGCCGUAGGGGACGGCGACAGGAGCCGACGUGCUGCCUGUACUUACCGCUACGGCGCUCCAAGUACGUCAACCCGCUGUACGCCGACCCCGGCGAGGCCUCGCCGGCGGUGGUGCUGACGGGCGUGCUGGGCCCCACAGCGCGCGCCCGCGCCGCGCUGCAGGACGCCGCAGCCAGCGGGCUGCUCCCGCGUGCGUCGGCCGCCGCUGUGGGCUCGUCGGCCGUUGUGCUGGGCAUGGAGACGCCGGCGGCGCUGCUCAGCACGGAGUCGGCGAGCGUCACUGACAUGAGCACGGCGGCCCUGUCGCCGUUCAUGGGGCAGGGCUACGGCAGCGUUGACGGGGGCGCGCGCAUGCCCUCCACCGAGGGCGUGGCACUGGUGGCGGAAGAGCAGGACACGCGUGCAGCCGCGGAGACUGGGCACACGGCCCACGCGAGCACUGCGGCGGCGGAGGCUUCGCUCCCGCAGUCGGAGCAGGAGGACGGCGGGGGCCUGGCGUCCACCAGCCCGGGGCGCGAGCGGCAAGCGAGGGAGCCGCCGGGACAGGAGCGGCGGUCGCAUGCGCUCAGCAGCAUGAGCCCGUCGUCCUCGGGGCUCAAGCUGGCGGUGGCUGCCUGCGCUGCCGCAGCGGGCGCAAGCUUUGGGCGCAGCGCGACCAAUUCGGCGGCGCGUUCACCAGCUGCAGGGUCGUCAGUAAGCGGCGGGUUACAAGGGUCGGACGCGGCGGAGGCGCGUACCAGACUGCGCCGCAUCGAAGACGCGCUAGGUUGCGCGCUGGCGUCAUCGACAGCAUCGCCGUCGGCAGCAGCAGCGACGGCGAUGGCCUCGCAGCUGCUGCUGUCGGCGACUCCGUCCGAGGAGCAGCAGCACGUAGCCAUAGAGCGGCGGCUCAGCCGCCUCAACGCCUCCACCUUGCCCGCCAGUGCCUCGCCCGGCGCCGCCGGCAGCGGCAGCCAACAGCCCAGCGGCGCGUUGCAGGUGCAUGCGCCGGGCGGCCUGCCGUCGGGCCGGCAGGCGGCGCGGCGGUCGGGCUCGGGCGGCAUGGCGUCUCAGGACCAGCGGCUGCUGGAGAUGCAGCGGCUGGACCGGGUGCAGCGGGAGAUCGGCGACCGGCACCUGGAGGUGCACCACAGCCUGGGCUGGGGCGGCUGCGGCGUGGUGUACCGCGGCACCUGGAAGGGGCUGCCGGUGGCGGUGAAGACGGUGCUGGUACAGGGUGACAGCCCGCAGAGCCGCCAAUUCCUGUUGGAGGCAGCCAUAUCGGCAAGCCUGCAACAUGCCAACAUUGUGACCACCUACCUGUACGAGCUGCGGCCGCUGGACGAGGUGGACGGCGGCCUCGGGAACCUGGACCUCCGCCUGCGUGCGCCCGACAGCGCAGACGACGCCACCACGAACAGCAGCAUCAGUGCUGCCAUCGCCAGCGGCGCGGGCGGCAUGGCCAGCGGCGGUCUGGGCGGGGUGCGCGGCGGCCGCAUGAGCUGCUGGAAGCUGUACAUCGUGCAGGAGUUCUGCGAGCUGGGCACGCUCAAAGCGGCCGUGGACCAGGGCUACUUCAAAGGCACCCGUGGCGGCCUGCCCAACAUGCCGUUCCUGCUCACCAUCGCGCUGGACGUGGCGGUGGGACUGCAGCACGUGCACUCCAAGGGCGUGGUGCACGGCGACGUGACCGCUAGCAAUGUGCUGCUUCAGGCGCUGCCUAGCCGCCCGCAGGGCUGUGUGGCCAAGGUUGCGGACUUCGGGCUUAGCGUGCGGCUCGAGCCGGGCCAGUCGCAGAUACAGAACCUGUACGGCGGCACGCCUCACUACAUGGCGCCGGAGCGUUCGCGCGGCUGUUUGUCCAAGCGCUCCGACAUCUACUCGCUGGGCGUGUGCCUGCACGAGAUGUACUGUGGCACGCCCGCCUGGCGCCGCAACCCCGGCAAUGGCAACGGCCGCUACGGCGCCACCGACAACAGCUGGGGACACAGCAGCGCCGCCAGCGGCGACGGCGGCGGCGCCAUGGACGGCGGCGGCGGCGGGCACGCCAUAGCCGCCGGCCACGGCGCUGACGUGUUCAGCUUCCCUCGCAACUGCCCGUCCGAGUACGCAGCGCUGGUGGUGUCGUGUCUGGAGGCGGAUCCGUCCAUGCGCCCCGGCGCUAGCGAGGUGGUGGAGGCGCUGCAGCGCAUGAUUCGGCGAUACGGGUGAGAGGCGAAAGGCGGCUGGGCGGAGCAGGCUUGAGAGGGCCGGAAGAGGUGGCGGAGGAGCGGGCAGGAGCGCGUGGCAGCGGACGGCUUGCGUGAUUGGCAGGCUAUCUGGUGCGAGCUCACAGGGACAUGGCACGGUGGUGUGCACGGGCUGGACAGGUUUUUUCUUCCGGGAGGGGAGGGCUCAGCCCUUUUCCUGCCUCCCUCAGGCAGCCACCUCCUUGUUCUUCCUGGCAAAACGUUGGAAAUGGUCUUCUUUCAUUGAUGUUUCUCGACAUGUGCUGCACAUGUAUGCGUGGUCUACCUGAGCAUUGCUACCGUGUUCAGAUGGGAUGCUGUUUGAGGCGAUGGUGCUGACUUGUAUUUCACCGUCCACCGGUUGUGAAGGUGAGGCGGAUAACUAACUUCGGUGCGUGUUGGCUGACUGACUGUGAACUGAGAACAUUGCUGCAUACCACGCACGCCUCAAGCUUCAGGCCCUUCUCAGACCGACACGUCACUAGUGACAGGGUAUAGGUGUCUUGAUACCGCACCGGUGACGUGUUGUGUUUGAGGGCGGGCUCUGCGGCCUAGUUUUGGCGGCGUAUGCUAUGCACCCUAGCGCCUGUCCUGGUCGGAGGGUACACGGCACGGGUACUGUUGACCUGUACUUCGCUGGAAGCACGCACUGGCGGUGACAUCGCUGAGCAGAGUAGGGUCGGCAUUGUUUACACUUGUGAAGUUUGGGGGCCCAAUGAACUCGUUUAUUAUCUUAACCGCGAUUGGUCGGAAGGGGGAGCAAGACUGCUGUCCAAACGGAUUGAGGAGGCUGAUGUGGGCGAGCGGUUUAGCGAAUGAAUGUGGGCGGACACCACAGCUAAUGAUGGUGCGUGGGCGGCCAGGUGGAACGGCUUGAGUUCUGUGCGUGUUGAGGCACUACCGGCUGAGGUUGGGCCAGGCCAUCUUGGGUGGCGGGAUGCCUCGCAUGAUAAGCUUCAACAUCCCCAGCAACAACAUGGAAACUCGCACACAUCGGAGCCAUCAACAUUUAAAUAUUAUUAUGAUGGAACGCCUGUAACUCCGAGCCUGA